AUGUCUCAUACACGGUUUGCGGACGUCCGCUUCAACUUCUAUGCCUUGGAGAUUCAAGCUAGCCUUUGCGGCGACCCACGGUCACAUCCUCUUCUACGUGAUGCCUUAUCGGAAUUUAGGCACGUAGACAUGGAAAGAAACACAUCCAAAAGUUAUGCCUGUAUUCGUCGGACUCGCAAUAAGGUGGGAGCCGAUUCCGUGUUCGAGUGGAAAUUCAUUCCUCCAUCCAGUCACUUCCAACUCCGACUUGUUCCAUUCAAGAGUCAAUUCACGCCGGGAGGCGUUGGUGAAUGUGCAAUGUCCUUAAAAUAUUUCAGCGUCUCUGGGCUUGCAGCAAAUCCAACUUGUUGA